AUGGCGACUCUCCAACUCCCCCAGCGUGCGAAGUCAAACGGUGUGGCCACCCCCACGACCAAGGCCGUCAUUCUGGUCGGUGGUUCGUCUCGCGGCACCCGUUUCCGGCCGCUUUCUCUGGAUGUUCCCAAGCCCCUCUUCGAUGUCGCCGGCCACCCCAUCAUCUGGCACUGCGUGACGGCCAUUGCCAAGGUGCCGUCCAUCCAGGAGGUGUACCUCAUCGGCUACUACGACGAGUCGGUGUUCCGCGACUUCAUCAAGGACGCGUCGAACGAGUUCCCCAAGCUGUCCAUCAAGUACCUGCGCGAGUACCAGGCGCUGGGCACGGCCGGCGGCCUGUACCACUUCCGCGAUGCCAUCCUCAAGGGCCGCCCGGAGCGCCUGUUUGUGCUCAACUCGGACGUGUGCUGCUCGUUCCCGCUCGGCGAGAUGCUCAAGAUGUUCACGGAGAAGGACGCCGAGGCCGUGAUCCUGGGCACGCGCGUGUCCGAGGAGGCGGCCAGCAACUUUGGCUGCAUCGUGUCGGACAGCCACACGCGGCGGGUGCUGCACUACGUGGAGAAGCCCGAGAGCCACAUCUCGAACCUGAUCAACUGCGGCGUGUACCUGUUCAGCACGGAGGCCAUCUUCCCGUCGAUCCGCACUGCGAUUAAGCGCCGCACGGACCGGCCGUCGCGCCUCGUGUCGUACCCGUCGUCGGACAACCUGGCGAGCAGCUUCAUCGAGUACGACAACGACAACGACGAGCAGAACAACGAGGUGAUCCGCCUGGAGCAGGACAUUCUGUCGGACAUGGCGGACAGCAAAGAGUUCUUUGUGUACGAGACGCGCGAUUUCUGGCGGCAGAUCAAGACGGCCGGGUCGGCGGUGCCGGCCAACGCGCUGUACCUGCAGCAGGCGUGGCAGACGGCGUCCAAGGAGCUGGCGGCGCCCGGCCCCAACAUCAUCCAGCCCGUCUUCAUCCACCCGUCGGCGCACGUGGACCCGACGGCCAAGCUGGGCCCCAACGUGUCCAUCGGCCCGCGGGUGACGGUGGGCGCCGGCGCGCGCAUCAAGGAGUCGAUUGUGCUCGAGGACUCGGAGAUCAAGCACGACGCGUGCGUGCUGUAUUCCAUCAUUGGCUGGAACAGCCGCGUGGGUGCGUGGGCGCGCGUGGAGGGCUCGCCGACGCCGGUCACGAACCACAGCACGACGAUUGUGAAGAACGGCAUCAAGGUGCAGACGGUGACGAUCCUGGGCAAGGAGUGCGGCGUGGGCGACGAGGUGCGCGUGCAGAACUGCGUGUGCCUGCCGUUCAAGGAGCUGAAGCGGGAUGUGGCCAACGAGGUGAUUAUGUAG